GUAUGGACCACCGGCGUCGACCCUCAAAUCAAGGGUCUCCUGGAAAAGGGCUACCGACUCAUCAUGUCCAACUACGAUGCGCUUUACUUCGACUGCGGCUUCGGAGCGUGGGUCGGCGCUGGUAACAACUGGUGUUCUCCUUACAUCGGAUGGCAGAAAGUAUACGAUAACAGUCCGGCAGUUAUCGCUCUUGAACACAGAGAUCAGGUUCUAGGUCAGUAAAAGUUAGGUAUAUGCCAUGGUUUGAACUUUGGCACACAUUAAAAAGCUU